AUGACGUCCGACAUGGCGCACGCGCCAUCCAAGGUCGAGAAGGCCACGGACCCAACGACAGAUGAUGUAGAUGCAGUUGAGGAAGAAGAAGUCACAUCCUUCCGGGAACUUGGUGUCAUUGAGCCGAUCUGCGAGGCAUGCGAAAAGAUGAACUUCAGUAAGCCAACACCGAUUCAAGCCAAGUCGAUUCCCGUCGCUCUUCAGGGACGAGAUGUCAUCGGACUUGCACAGACUGGUAGUGGCAAGACGGCUGCUUUUAGUAUUCCCAUUCUUCAGGCUCUUUGGGACGACCCAAAGCCUUAUUUUGCCUGUAUUCUCGCACCUACUCGUGAAUUGUCCUAUCAGAUCUCGCAACAAAUUGAAGCGCUAGGUGCUACCAUUGGAGCGCGUUGCGCCACCAUUGUAGGUGGCAUGGACAUGAUGAGUCAGUCCAUUGCUCUCUCCAAGCGACCGCAUGUAAUUGUCGCCACGCCAGGUCGUUUGCAGGAUCAUUUGGAAAAUACCAAGGGAUUCAAUCUGCGUGGCCUCAAGUACCUUGUCAUGGACGAAGCUGACCGUCUCCUGGAUUUGGAUUUUGGUCCUAUUAUUGACAAGCUCCUGCAGAAUAUUCCCAAAGAACGCCGCACAAUGUUGUUCAGUGCUACUAUGACCACCAAGGUCGCUAAACUGCAGCGUGCAAGCCUGCGCAACCCCGUUCGCGUGGAAUUCGGGACAAAGUACUCGACCGUAUCGACGCUGCAACAGUACUACCUAUUUAUGCCAUUCGCACACAAAGAUACCUAUCUUGUUCAUUUGGCCAACGAACAAGCAGGUCAUUCGAUCAUUGUAUUCACGCGGACUGUUCACGAUGCCCAACGAUUGGCUGUGCUACUCCGUCUUCUUGGGUUCUCUGCAAUCCCGUUGCAUGGCCAGUUGUCGCAAACGGCACGACUGGGUGCACUGAAUAAGUUCAAGUCCGGCGGCCGCUCGAUUAUGGUAUGCACGGAUGUGGCCGCUCGUGGUUUGGACAUUCCUGCUGUGGAUCUUGUGGUGAACUUCGAUAUCCCUACACACUCCAAAGACUAUAUUCACCGCGUCGGUCGUACAGCCCGAGCUGGGCGCCAAGGUCGCAGUGUGACGUUGGUAACGCAGUACGAUGUUGAACUGCUACAACGUAUUGAGGCGGCUAUUGGGAAGAAGUUGGAGGAAUUCCCGGAUGCCAAGGACCGCGAUAUGAUUAUGCUGCUUUCUGAACGUGUAGGUGAGGCCCAACGAGCAGCACUGCGUGAACUGCAAGAGAAAGGCUUAGGUGGCGCGGGGGGUGCUGGUCGCCGAAAGCGAAAGCAGGCGGCUGCCUACGAAGAUGAACGUGAUCGCGACGAUGACGUGGUUGAAGCAGGUGCCUACCGAAGCAAGGCCAAAUCAGGUAUGGGAAAACGUAGGAAGUAA